AUGUCUGCCCAAGAUCGCGUUCAGCAGUAUGUCGGUCAGCUCGACCGUGAGCUCUCCAAAUACCCUGCUCUCAACAAUCUCGAGAAGCAGACUUCGGUGCCUAAGGUCUACGGCGUUAUUGGCCUUGCGACCCUCUACUUCUUUUUCAUCGUCUUCAACCUCGGCGGUCAGCUCCUCACCAAUCUUGCCGGCUUCAUCGUUCCAGGAUACUACUCGAUGAACGCGCUGUUCACUACUAGCAAGGCCGACGAUACCCAAUGGCUCACCUACUGGGUUGUCUUCGCAUUCUUCACUGUCAUUGAAAGCUUGGUCAGCGUUGUCUACUGGUUCCCAUUCUACUUCACCUUCAAGUUUGUGUUCCUGCUGUGGCUUGGACUCCCAGCCUUCAGCGGCGCCCAGAUCAUCUUUCGCUCAUUCAUGCAGCCCAUGCUCGGCAAAUACUUUUCCCAGUCUGGUUCCACUGCGGCUGGCCUCCGUGCGAAGGCUGAUUCGCUCGGCAAGGGCGAGUAG